AUGAAGGCGCUGCUUUUGUCUGUGCUGGGGCUGCGUCUAGUGGCGGGAAACGGGCACUGGUGUGAGCACAUAGUAGAGGAGCGAGUAGAGAGGAUAGUCUCUCCCCGCCUGCAGCGAGAAGUGGGCUGCUCCGGUGUGUACCAGUUCAAUCUGGAGGGCUGGAAGCUGGAUGUGGACAGAAUGCGCCAUGUGCAUGGGGGUGACGAUGGCAUCGCACAAUAUUACAGGCAACAGGGGCUCAACGCAUCCUGCUACUUAUACAAACCAGCAGAGAUGGACAGCCAGCUGGUGAACAGAUCAGUGCGUGUAUGUUGUGAGGGCUGGGGUGGUCCCCGCUGCACACAGGGGGUAGGUGUGAGGGGACACUGCUACUCCACGUGGAGCUGCGAGGAGUUCCCGGGGGUGCACAACUCCUCCCUGAUGCCCCUGGAGCAGUGCUGCGGCAGUAUGUGGGGCCUCAGCUGGAGGAACGCGUCAGACCUCACCUGCCUGUCCUGCACUUACACCCUGCUGCCCGACUCCCAGUUUACCCCUCUUCGACGGCGUGGGGUUCUGGGGACCCUUCGAGACCCACAGGGCUCCGCGACCUGCCUGGCAUGGGGCGGGGCGCACUACCGCACCUUCGACCGAAAGCACUUCCACUUCCAGGGCAGCUGCACCUACGUCAUGGCCUCGGCCACGGAUGGCACCUGGGCCGUGUACAUCAGCACAGUGUGCGACAGCCAGGGACGCUGCAGCAAGGCUCUGAGACUGAUGUUAGGACUGGACCUGGUUUCUGUCCUGAAGGGAAACUUGACACUCAAUGGCCAGCUAAUACCUCCAGGCCAGGCCGUCUUCCAAAAUGGGGUCAGUGGGCACUGGCUGGGGGACUUUGUGUUUGUGGAAAGCGGGCUGGGCGUCAGGGUGAAGUUUGACAUGGGCAACAGCGUCUACCUGACCGUCACCGCGGAGCACCUCGCUACCACGAGAGGGCUGUGUGGAGUCUACAACAACAACGCUGAUGACGAUUUCACCACAGUGGGAGGGACCGUGUCCCAGUAUGCUGCCAGCUUUGGGAACUCUUGGCGUGUGCCUGACCAGCAGACAGAGGGGUGCAGCGACGCGGCGGAGCUGGGGCACAGCUGUGACGUCAUCGGUGACUCGGAGAGACGCAGGGAGGCGGAGGAGGCGUGCCACAGGCUGCUGGCCAGCCCCUUCUCGCAGUGUCACCACAGGGUGGAUCCAGCGCCUUACAUCGACACCUGUCUGUAUCUGUACUGUAGCCUGGGUGUGAGGGAGCGUGAGGGGGCCACCUGUGACACCAUGGCCAGCUACGCCCGGGAGUGCGCCCAACAGCACAUCAUCAUCAGCUGGAGGAGCCCUGAGCUGUGCGAGCGGGUGUGUCCGAGGGGGCAGGUGUUCUCCGACUGCGUGUCGUCGUGCCCCCCCAGCUGCUCGUCCCCUCUGCCCCCCGCGUCGGGGCAGUGCCGGGAGGAGUGCGUCGGGGGAUGCGAGUGUCCCCCCGGCCUGUACCUGCACGGCGGUGCCUGCCUGCCCCGGGACGACUGCCCCUGUUUCCACCGGCGCCGCGCCCACCAGCCCGGCGACACCAUCCGGCAGAGGUGCAACACAUGUGUCUGCAGAGCGGGGCAGUGGCAGUGCUCGGGGGAGAAGUGUGCCGCUCAGUGCAGCCUGCUCGGGGGCGUGCAGGUCACCACCUUCGACAGCAAGAGGUACGCCCUGCAGGGCGGCGACUGCGGCUUCACGGCGGUAGAGGAUUUCGUAGAUAACAAGCUGCUGGUGACUGUCCAGAGUGGAGGGUGCGUGAUGGGAGGGCGGCAGGGAUGCCUGAGGGAGAUGUCUGUCACUGCGCUCCGCACCACUGUGACCGUCAGUGACACAGGUGGAGUGACGGUGAACGGCCAGAGGGAGGCGCUGCCCGUGGUGACAGCGGACCUGGCUGUGCGACGGGCCUCCUCCUCCUUCCUAGUGAUCCAGGCAUUUGGCGCCCAGCUUAUGUGGCACCUUGAUGGCUCCUUCGCUCUCAUCACUCUCCAGCCUGGUUUUGCACACAAGGUUCGAGGGCUAUGCGGCACCCUGACCUGGAGUCAGCACGAUGACUUCAUGACCCCUGAGGGGGACGUGGAGAGCAGCGUCGCCUCCUUCGCCGGCAAGUUCACCCAGGGGGAGUGCCUCCUUCCCCCGAGCGCCCCUGCGGACCCCUGCAGCACCUAUACACAGAGGAGGCAGUACGCGGAGACCAUCUGCAAUGUCAUCCACAGCCCUGUCUUCCAACCGUGCCAUGAUGUGGUGGAGAGGGAGCCCUACUUCCGUCUGUGUCUGACCGAGGUGUGCGGGUGCGCCCCCCAGAGGCAGUGCCAGUGCACAGUCCUCACCGCCUACGCCCAGCACUGCGCCGAGGAAGGGGCGCCCGUGACCUGGAGGAACCACACCUUCUGCCCGGUGCAGUGCUCCGGCGGCCAGGUGUACCAGGAGUGCGGGCGUCCGUGCGGGGGCUCCUGCGCCGACCGGCGGCUGGGCUGGACCUGCGAGAGGGAGGCGCCCGGCUGUGUGCCGGGCUGCCGGUGCCCCGCGGGCCUGGCGCAGGACGACAGUGGGCAGUGCGUGCCCGUCAGCAUGUGCCCGUGCGCGAGAGGGGACGUGACGUACCAGCCUGGAGACACCAUCCAGGACAACUGCAAUACAUGCGUGUGCGAGCGUGGGGCGUGGAACUGCACAGACGAGCCCUGCCCUGAGGUGACCCAGUGUCCCGGAAUGCUGGUGUACUCCCCCCGCUCCUGCCUGCGCACCUGCUCCAGCCUGGACGCCCCUGGACCCUGUGCCGACCCCAUCCAUGGGUGUGUCUGCCCAGAGGGAACAGUGCUGCUGGGUGACCGGUGUGUCCCUCCGGCCGAGUGUCCCUGUCACCACAAUGGCAGACUGUACUACAGCAAUGACACAAUAACCAAGGACUGCAACACCUGCGUGUGUCGGGAACGCCGCUGGCACUGCGGGCACUCCCCGUGCGCGGGCACCUGCGUGGCCACGGGCGACCCGCACUACGUGACCUUCGACGGCCGCUGCUUCUCCUUCCUGGGGGACUGCGAGUACGUGCUGGUGCAGGAGAGGGAGGGGCUGUUCAGCGUCAGCGCCGAGAACGUGCCCUGCGGCAGCACCGGCGUUACCUGCACCAAGUCCGUCACCUUCACCGUGGGCAACACCGCCGUGCACCUGCUGAGAGGGAAGGCGGUGACGGUGAACGGCAUGCCUGUGACUUUGCCCAAGACUUACUCAGGCAGUGGACUGAGUCUGGAGAGGAUCGGCCUCUUUGUGUCCCUCUCCUCCCGCCUGGGGGUCACCCUUCUCUGGGAUGGAGGUAUGCGGGUGUAUGUGCGCCUUUCCCCAAAGUUCCGUGGGCGAGUUGGGGGGUUGUGUGGGAAUUUUGACGGGGACACAGAAAAUGACUUCACCACGCGGCAGAGCAUUGUCGAGUCUACAGCGGAGCUUUUUGGCAACUCCUGGAAGGUCAGCCCCUCUUGCCCUGAUGUCAAAGAUCAGGACCUACGUGACCCCUGCACUCAAAACCCCCACCGGGUGACGUGGGCGAGGAAGCGCUGCGCUGUGAUCACCCAGGAGCUCUUCGCUCCGUGCCAUCAGGAGGUCCCCUCCCAGCAGUUCUACGACUGGUGUGUCUUUGACGCCUGCGGAUGUGACUCUGGUGGGGACUGUGAGUGUCUGUGCACAGCCAUCGCCGCCUACGCCGAGGAGUGCAACCGCAGAGGCGUCUACGUCCGCUGGAGGUCCCAAGAGCUCUGCCCCCUGCAGUGUGAGAAUGGCCUGGUGUAUGAAGCCUGCGGACCAGCCUGCACCCCCACCUGCUCCAGCAGCCCACAGAGCCCAGACUCCGGCUGCGGCGCCCUCUCCUGUGUGGAGGGCUGCUUCUGCGCCCCUGAGACCGUUUGGAACGGCAACUCCUGCACUGUCCCCUCACUCUGCCCCUGUGAGUGGGAGGGCUCAGUGUUUCCCGCUGGGUCCAGUGUCACCCAGGACUGCAGGAACUGCUCCUGCCGAGAUGGUGACUGGCAGUGCGAAGGGUCCCCGUGUGCCCCGCCCUCCCCCUGCCUGGAGUCAGAGUUCCAGUGCUCAACGGGCCGCUGUGUCCCCUCCCUGUGGGUGUGUGACAACGAGGACGACUGCGGGGACGGGUCCGACGAGCUGUGCGCCGCCACCUGCGCCCCGGGGCAGUUCCACUGCACCAGCGGCCCCUGCGUGGACCAGGCCCUCCGCUGCGACGGCCACCCCGACUGCGCCGACCAAUCGGACGAGGACCUCUGUGCCCCCGUCACCCCGGUCCCCCUGUGCCCCCCGGGGGAGUUCCAGUGCGCCAACGGGCGCUGCCUGCCCGCCAGCCGCGUGUGCGACGGCCGUCCCGACUGUGGCUUCGCCGACGACUCGGACGAAAAAGACUGCGGGGCGACGUGCGGCGACGGCGAGUUCCGCUGCUCAGGCGGCCGCUGCGUGCCGUACCUCCACCGCUGCGACGGGCACGAUGACUGCGGGGACCUGAGCGACGAGCGGGGCUGCGUGUGCGGCCCAGGGGAGCUGCAGUGUCCCGGCGACCGGUGUGUCCCCGCGGAGAGGGUGUGCGACGGCCACAAGGACUGCCCCUCCGGCACAGACGAGGCCAUCUGCCCGCCCACAGUGACCUGUGCCCCUGGUCAGUUUCUCUGUGUUGAUGGAACCUGUGUGAUGAGGAGUAAGCUUUGUGAUGGUGUGACUGACUGCCAGAACGGAGAAGAUGAGCACCAGGCCAACUGCCAAACGGGGUCUCCCCCUCUCUCUCUAUCCCCUGACCCAGGCUGCGGGCGGCACGAGUUCCGCUGUGCCAGCGGGCAGUGUGUUCCUCAGGGCUGGCGGUGCGACGGGGAGACCGACUGCAGGGACGGCAGUGACGAGCAGCACUGCGAGCGGGUCUGUGGGCCGGGCCAGUUCCUCUGUCACAGCGGGGAGCAGUGUGUGGACCACCAGCAGCUGUGCGACGGAGUGCCGCACUGUAGAGACGCGUCUGACGAGAGCGUGGACAACUGCGGUUCUGCCCAGAUCCCGCCCUGUCCCGGGAGUUUCCCAUGUGAUAACCGCACAUGCGUGAACAUGUCCCGCGUGUGUAACGGAAUGCCGGACUGUCCGCAGGGCGAGGACGAGCGGCUGUGCAGGCCUACGGCGACACCUGUUUCUCCAGGCAGCAGAAACACCAGCCACACCUGCCCAGAAUACACCUGCUUGGAUGGCACCUGUCUGACCUUUAAAGAGGUGUGUAAUGGUAUCCCAGAAUGCCCUGACAGCGGAGGUCCCUCUGAUGAGCAGGGCUGCAGGAGCUGGGGCCCCUGGGGCUCCUGGGGCCCUUGCAGCCGGACCUGUGGGACGGGAUCCAAGAGCAGGCAGAGGCGCUGCCCCCUGGGGGAUGCUCUCCGCCACUGCAAGGGAGAGGACACUCAAAGACAGCAGUGCUUCUCUACCUCCUGUCCAGUGGAUGGACAUUGGUCACCCUGGGUAACAUGGUCGAAUUGCUCCAAGGGGUGUGGAGGUGUAGAGGUCAGACAAAGGGAAUGUGUCCCACCCCAGAACGGGGGCAGGGCCUGCACAGAUCUGCCUGGCCAGCCUGCCGUCGCCACUGAAAUCAAGCCCUGUGCCCAGGACAACUGUGCCAACGCCUCAUGUCCAGGAGACCUUGUCAUGCGGAGCUGUGCCGCCUGCCCCCUGACCUGCGCCCACCUGGCCAGUGAGGCUGCGUGUGACACCAACGCCAGCUGUUUCUCAGGGUGCUGGUGCCCCGAGGGGCAGGUGAUGAGCCACGCCCAGCAGUGUGUGCUGCCGGAGGAGUGUGUGUGUGAGGUCUCGGGGGUACGCUACUGGCCAGGGCAGCAGGUGAAGGCCGGAUGUGAGAUCUGCGUCUGUGAGAGAGGCAGACCCCAACGCUGCCAGCCCAACCCUGAGUGCUCGGUGCAUUGUGGGUGGUCAACCUGGUCACCUUGGGGUGAGUGCCUAGGCCCAUGUGGGGUACAAAGCGUCCAAUGGUCCUUCAGAAGCCCCAACAACCCCAGUAAACAUGGAAACGGGCGGCAAUGCCGAGGGAUUUACCGCAAGGCCCGUCGCUGUCAGACCGAGCCAUGCGAUGAGUGUGAGUUCCAGGGCCACAGCCAUGCCGUUGGGGACCGCUGGAAGCUGGGGCAGUGCCAGCUGUGCCAAUGUCUGCCCAACCUCACUGUGCAGUGCGCCCCCUACUGUCCACACUCCGCUGGAUGUCCUGAGGGAAGGACUCUAAUUCCAGGAGAGGGAGACAAGUGUUGCUAUUGUGAAGCAUCAGGUGGCAAUGGCACCAUCUCCCUGACAACGACUCCGGCAUCUCUUCCCAUCACCCUUGCUCCCUCCGCACCUCCACAGCACCCACCCCUUGUACCGACCUAUCCACUCCCAUCUGAAGAGGAGUGUUGGAGUCCUCUGGGGGUGCAGUCUCUCCCAGAUUCCAGUUUCAGCGCCUCCUCCCACCAGCUGGGUCACCCCCCCUCGGCGGGGCGGCUCUUCUCCCGGCACCCCCACAGAGACCUGCAGGGCUGGAGCCCGGAGCCGGAGCAAUACCGCGACCUCCCGCCAUGGGCCCCAGAGGUCCAUUACAGUGACUACAGUGACCACGCCGUGCAGCCGCCAUAUCUCCAGCUAGACCUGCUGCAGCCCCGAAACAUCACUGGUAUAAUAACCCAAGGUGGAGGUGUAUUUGACACCUUUGUGUCCAGUUUCUACCUGCAGUUCAGCAAUGAUGGGAGACAGUGGUACACCUAUCAGGAACUGAUCACUGACGCUAGGCCACGAGCCAAGGUCUUCCAGGGUAACCGUGACGACAGUGGCACAACCCAGGUCCGUUUGGACCGAAUGGUAUCGGCACAGUACGUGCGUGUGCUGCCGCACGACUUCCGGAACGGCAUCUACCUGAGGGUGGAGCUGCUGGGCUGUGGAGAAGGUCCUCGGUGGCUGUCUACUCCCUCUCCCCCCCUACCCUCGGCCACUCCUGGGAGGUCCUGCCGGGAGUGGGAGUUCCGCUGUGGGAAUGGACACUGUGUCCCCGCUGGGCCCCAAGGAGUCCUUUGCAACGGGGUCAAUGACUGCGGUGAUGCUUCAGAUGAGCUGCACUGCGGUUCUCAGCCCCCUCCAACAUCACGGAGCCCUCACGGGUGCCUGAAGGGUCAGUUCUUCUGCCCGCCACCAGGGGGCUGUAUUGAAGCGGCUCUGCGCUGUGACGGAGUCGCUCAUUGUCCUGAUGGAUCUGACGAGAGAGGCUGCUUCCCUGUCACGCCCACCCCCUCUCCUCUCAGAACCCCUGCUGUCACCUUGCCUCAGGUGGGCACGACUGCAGAGCCGGUAAGAGGAGGCCCUGGAUCAAAAGGCAUCUGCUCCUCCCCCCUCGGCCUGGAGGACGGCCGCAUCCGCUACGGCCAGCUGAGCUCCUCCACGCACCGCGAGAACAACCCCGCCGACGCCGGCCGCCUCAACAUCGUACCCAACGUGCUGGUCAUGGAGCCAGGGUGGAGCCCGCUGCCGGACGACCCCCGGCCCUACUUCCAGGUGGACCUCCUCGAGCCCACCUGGGUGUCGGGGGUGGUCACGCAGGGCAGCGAGCACAUGUCUGGCUACCUCACCAAAUAUCGCCUGGCCUUCAGCCUGGUGGAGACCCAAUUCACAGACUACACCGAGAGCUCAGAGAGAGGGGCCCCAGUUAAGGUGUUUGACGUGCGCAUGGUGGGCAGGACUCCGGUCACAUGGUGGCUGGACAGGCUGGUGCGAGCACGCUACCUCCGGAUCAUCCCCGUGGAGUUCCGCCACACCUUUUACCUCCGUGUGGAGAUCCUGGGCUGUAGAGGCGAUGAGUUGGUUACCCCAAGCAGCACAAAAUUGACUACAGCACACCCAGGCAGACUGUGUGAGAAAGGACACUUUGCGUGUCACGGUGGAGGCUGUGUCCCCAUCUCUGCCCUGUGUGACGGCCAGCUGGACUGUGACGACCAUUCUGAUGAGCUGAGCUGCGGUACUACCUCGCGGCUCCCAGGGAUCAAAGACCACACCGGUCCCACGGGAAGCCCAGGCUUUAUGGGCCCAUCCACAACCAGUGCGUCUUCUGUGACGGGGCUUCCAGGGCUCCACACCACAGAGCCGCAGCACGGCCGGCCGGGACUGGCCACCCAGACGCCGCCUGCCACAGGCGCCCCAGGGCUGGGCACGGGUGCUUCACAUGGGACAGGGGAACCGGGCAUUCAUCAGGUCACCACCCCCAUGGCUGGCACCCCCGUCACUGGUGGACCCGGGGUGCAACCUCUCACCCCCGAUCAUGGGCACCCUGGCCUUCACACCGCCUCCCCCGUCCCCUGGACUGAGUUCAGUAGUGUGACCCCAACACCACCGGAUGGAGGCCUUCCCAGAGUCCUGUGUGUGGAGGGCCAGUUUGCAUGUCGGGCCUUCGGCUGUGUGGACACCAUGUUUGUGUGUGAUGGACAGGAAGACUGCCCAGACGGGUCUGAUGAAGAUCAGUGCAGCCCGUCUCCCUCACCAGUGACCGCAGUGCCAUCAGAGCGCCCCCUAGUGCCCGGCCCCUGCUCUGCAAAGCAGUUCCAAUGUGGCAGCGGGGAGUGUGUGCACCUGGACAAGAAGUGCGACCUGCAGAGGGACUGUGUGGACGGCUCCGAUGAGAAGGGCUGUGUGGACUGUAUCCUGUCCCCCUGGACCGAGUGGAGCCAGUGCAGUGUGACCUGUGGUCUGGGGUCUCUGUUCCGCCAGCGGGACGUCCUGAGGGAGGCGCAGCCUGGCGGGGACUGCGGGGGGGCGCUCUUCGACAGCCGCGCCUGCUUCACCCGGGCCUGCGCUGUCGACGGGCAGUGGUCGGAGUGGGCGGAAUGGUCCCAGUGUGACGCCCUCUGUAGCGGAGGGGUGCGGACGAGGAACAGGACCUGCUCCAACCCCCCACCCAAGAACGGCGGGCGCGACUGCGAGGGCAUGACCCUGCAGACCCAGGGCUGCAACACCCAGCCCUGCGGGCCCAACACUGAUUCACACACGGGCUGCAGUAAUGGAAUGGUGCUGGUGAGAGAGUCAGACUGCCUGGCUGGCAGAGUGGAAGCGUGCCCCCUGACCUGUCUCGACAUCUCCUCUCAGAGGAACUGCACCUCAUACUGCGUAACAGGGUGCCGCUGUCCAGCCGGUCGGUUCUUGCAGGAGGGACGCUGUGUCAAUGCCAGUCAGUGUGUCUGUCUGUGGGAUGGUGGGGUGCUUCAGCCUGGAGAGGAAGUCAGCAAGGGGAACUGCAGCAAAUGCGUGUGCCAAGAUGGGCGCGUCUCUUGUGACGACUCCUCCUGCAUCGUUCCCUGUGAUUGGUCAGCCUGGUCGUCGUGGACUCCGUGUGACAGUACCUGUGGGGUUGGCCUGCAGCAGCGUUACAGGUCUCCUGUUGUCCCACCCAAUGUGACUAGAAGCCAGCCAUGCCCUGGAGACUCCACUGAGGCUCGCCAGUGUUUCACCCCCUGUCCCCCAGAGCAGCAGGAGGCACACUGGGGCCAGUGGACGGCCUGGUCAGAGUGCAGCAAGACCUGUUUCCUGCAUGUGGACGAGGUGGGGCUGAAGAGGAGAUUCCGCAGCUGUAAUCACACAGACGGCGCUUCGUGUCCGGGGGAGAUGGAGGAACAGGAACCCUGCAACACUCUGCUCUGCCCCGUGCCCGGAGGCUGGUCGCCCUGGUCCCAGUGGUCGGAGUGCUCCUCGGAGUGCGACUCGGGGGCUCAAACCAGGCAGCGCCUCUGUAGCUCCCCUCCCCCCCAACACGGGGGCGGGACCUGCCAAGGGCCACACAUCCAGACGCGGGACUGCAACACCCACCCUUGCUCAGGGGUUUGUCCUGAGGGCAUGACCUACAUGAGUGCUGACCAGUGCCAGGCACACGGAGGGGCGUGUCCGCGGGUGUGUCUGGACAUGACGCCCACGGUGGAGUGUGCCACGGCCUGCUACGACGGCUGCUACUGCUCCUUGGGUCUUUACCUCCUCAACAAUUCCUGCGUGCCCCUGUCUGAGUGCCCUUGCUAUCACCAGGGAGUGCUCCACCCCCCAGGGGACAAUGUGACCCUGGAUGCCUGCAACAACUGCACAUGUAGCAAUGGAGAGAUGGAGUGUGGAACAGCGCCUUGCCCUGUGGACUGCGGCUGGAGCGGCUGGACGGCGUGGAGCGCGUGCAGUCGGACCUGCGACGUGGGUGUGAGGAGGCGGUACCGCUCAGCGACCAAUCCUAAACCGGCUUUCGGCGGGCAUGGUUGUGAGGGGAACAGAGUGGAGAUCGACUCCUGCAGCCUGGAACCCUGUCAUGGUGUGAGGGAGCCGUGGAGCUCGUGGUCGGAGUGCUCUGUGUCCUGCGGCGGGGGGUACCGGAACAGGACUCGCGGGGUGCACAGAAUUCACGGAACAGCGCAGCAGUUCAGUGCCUGUAACCUGCACCCGUGUGGUAAUGAACUGACCUGUCCCGGUGAGCAGCAGUGGUCCGAGUGCGUUAUGGGGCCACUGACCUGUUCUGACCUCAGUAUGGACUUGACCAACACAAGCUGUUCCCCUGGCUGUCAUUGCCCACAAGGCCUAGUGCUUCAGGAUGGGCACUGUGUCUCUGAGUCUCGCUGUCGCUGUGGUGUGGAUGGGGAGCUGCAUGAACCGGGAGAUACUGUCACCAGGGACUGCAACAACUGCACCUGUGAAUCUGGGAGGCUGGUGAACUGCACUGAUGUCAGCUGUAACGUGGACGGUCAGUGGUCAGCCUGGACGCCCUGGAGCGAGUGCUCUGUGACCUGUGGGCCGGGCCUGCAGUCUCGCUACCGGUUCUGCUCCAGCCCCGAGCGGUCAGGGAGCGGCCUGCCCUGCCUCGGGCCUGACCGCCAGGACCAGCUCUGCGUGCCGGCUUCCUGCGACAGGAAUGGUGGUUGGGGUGAGUGGACUACCUGGACGGACUGCACCAAGUCGUGUGGCGGGGGGGUGCAGAGCCGCAGACGGGAGUGUGAUAGUCCAACGCCAGUCGGGGAGGGGGACUACUGCGAAGGCCUGAGCACAGAGGUUAUUUCAUGCAACACUAACCACUGCCCAGUUGCACCCUGCUCUGAGGUUCCGGGAACGGCUUACAGCAGCUGCGGCCCCUCAUGUCCCCGCUCCUGUGAUGACCUGGCUCACUGCGAGUGGCGCUGUGAGCCGGGCUGCUACUGCACCGAGGGGAAAGUGCUGAGCGACAACGGGACGUCCUGUGUGGACAGGAACGACUGCCCCUGCCUGGACCUGAGCACCGGCCAGCGCCUACUACCCGGGGAAACCGUCCCCGCCCCUGAUGGCUGCAACAACUGCACCUGUGAGGGUGGAGGACUCGUCUGUAGCAGUAACACCUGCCCAGUGGAUGGAGGCUGGUGUGAGUGGUCCGGCUGGACUCCAUGCUCUCGCACGUGCGGGGCAGAGUGGGUGUCCCGUUACCGCAGCUGUGGGUGUCCCGAGCCAAAGGGGAGCGGAGCGGCCUGCCCCGGGGUGCAGGAGGUGCACGGGGGAUUAGGGGUACAGAUCCAGAGGCAGCCCUGUCCCACCGUCACCUUCUGUCCAGUCCAUGGCUCGUGGGGUUCCUGGAGCCCUUGGUCGGAAUGUGAUGCGUGUGAGGGGGUUUCAGUGAGGACCAGGGAAUGCAACAGCCCUCCUGCCAGGUUCGGCGGUCUGCCCUGCAUUGGCGAGAGACACCAGAGUCGCAGUUGCCAUGACAACGUCACUGUCUGCUCAGACUGUGGCGGAGGUCAGGAGGAGUGGCCUUGUGGGAAGCCCUGCCCGCGAUCGUGCUCCGAUCUCCACGGUGACACAGUGUGCAUUGACACGCCUGAGUGUCGUCCUUCCUGUGGUUGCCCGGGUGACCUGGUUCUACAGGAUGGGCAGUGCGUGCAGCGUGAGGAGUGUCGCUGCAAAUUCCACAACAGCACUGCAGUGGGGGUGGACUCGGGUAAUUCCUCAUGGGCCUGGCCUGGCCUCUCAGAGUGGCAAUAUGCAGAACCAGGGGAGAUCAUCAUCGGUGCUUGUAACAACUGCACCUGCGAAGAAGGUGUCCUGCAGUGUCAAUCGGUUCCUGGUUGCCAUGUAGAUGGGGGAUGGAGCCAGUGGGGGGCAUGGUCAGAAUGCUCAGCCCCUUGUGGGGGUGGAGUUACGCUGCGGUUGCGUCAAUGUGAUAACCCCGCCCCCCAGAGCGGUGGGAGGGGCUGCGCUGGAACAGCUGAGCAACAGAAGGACUGUAACACCCAGCAAUGCGCAGACUCUGGGCCCUGGUUCGACUGGUCGCCCUGGACCGCGUGCUCGGUGAGCUGCGGGGGCGGGGAGCAGUCUCGAACCCGCACCUGCCGCUUCCCGCCCUGCCCCGGGAUGAAACGGCAGAGUAAGACCUGCAACACCCAGGUGUGCCUUGAGGUGGGGUGCCCCCCGGGCCGUCUGUACCGGGAGUGUGAGCGAGGGGAGGGCUGCCCUUUCAGCUGCGCCCAGGUCAGCGGGCGGGAGGGGUGCUACUCCGAGGGCUGCGAGGAGGGGUGCCACUGCCCCCCUCAAAGCUUCCAGCACCUCGGGUCCUGUGUGGAGGAGUGUCCCUGCGAGGUGGACCACGAGCUCCUCUCCUUGCUACAGAACGUGUCAGCUGCGGAAACUCCCGACCCUGAGGACAUGGGAUGGCAGAACCUGACAGUGGGGGUGGAACUGCAGUCUGGAGAGACACUGACACACAAGUGCAGUUCCUGCUCCUGUCAGCACGGCCAGUGGAACUGCUCCCUCGCUCCCUGCCCGCUGGACGGGGGCCUGUCCCCAUGGGGCCCCUGGAGCCCCUGCUCGGUGUCCUGUGGGGGUCUGGGGCAGAAGUCUCGCACCAGGGGCUGCACCGACCCUGCCCCGGCGCACGGGGGGCGUGACUGCCAGGGGCCGCGGCGGGAGAGCACCUACUGCCAGGCUCCGGACUGCCCAGUGAUCACAGUUCCCACAGAAGAGCCUGUUGUACCGGAUGAGGACACAGGCUUCUCUCAGUGGACUGCGUGGAGCUCCUGCUCUCGAUCCUGUAGUGACACAUUAAGUCCAGCCCUGAAGUCUCGGCAGAGGGAAUGUGUCCGGCCACCCUGUGCAGGGGAGAUCCGUCAGGAGAGACCAUGCAACCUACCACAGUGUCCUGACGGGGGGCCUUGCCAGGGCGAGGGCUGCGCAGAGAGGAACUGCUCCUGGACGGAGUGGGGCGAGUGGGGGGUGUGCUCUCGCUCCUGCGGCGUCGGGCAGCAGCAGCGAAUCAGGACCUACUUGGCGCCCGGGGUCAACGGCUCCUGGUGCGAAGACAUCUUGGGAGGGAACAUUGAGAGCCGGUUCUGCAACAUCCGUGCGUGCAGAGUGGAUGGGGGCUGGUCUCGUUGGAGUCCGUGGUCUCGCUGUGACAAGCAGUGCGGGGGUGGGCGCUCCAUUCGAACGCGCUCCUGCUCGAGCCCCCCUCCCAAAAACGGGGGGCGCAAGUGUGAGGGGGAGAAGAACCAAGUGAAGCCUUGCAACACCAAGCCGUGUGAUGACGGAGGGUGCCCGCCGGGUCAGGAGUUCGUGCCGUGUGCCAACGAGUGUCCCCAGCGCUGCUCGGACCUGCAGCAGGGCAUACAGUGCCAGGGGGAAGCAGAGUGCCAGCCCGGCUGCCGCUGCCCACCCGGCCAGCUGCAGCAGGACGGCUCCUGCGUGCAGACUUGGCAGUGCGACUGCGUCGACGCCCUGGGCCAGAGCUGGGCGGCUGGCGGCUGGCACCGGGACGACUGCAACAACUGCACCUGCGCAGACGGGCUGCUCUCCUGCACCAAUCAGAGCUGCAGCGAGCCCAGCUGUGUGUGGAGCACCUGGUCUGCCUGGGCACCCUGCAGCACCUCCUGCGGGAUGGGGCAGAGAACGCGCUUCAGGUCACUGAUCCCAGACACUGAUGGUCUGGAAUGUCAGUUCGAGGAGGUUCAGAAAAAGCCAUGUGAUCCUGGGCCGUGCCCACCUCUCUGUCACAAUAACCAGGAGAUGGCAGUUGGAGACACAUGGCUAGAGGGAGAGUGCCAGCAAUGCACCUGCACGCCAGAGGGAGACUACUGCCAAGAUAUUGAGUGUCAAGUGGAUGGCGGCUGGACUCCAUGGUCUGUGUGGUCAGACUGUCCUGUGACCUGCGGGCGUGGGACUCAGAUUCGAACUCGCGCCUGUAUCAACCCUCCACCCCGCAACAACGGGACACACUGCCGGGGGCCCGAGAGAGAGGCCCAGAACUGCCACGCCCCGCCCUGUCUCGAUGACCUUUGCCCCUGGUCCCAGUGGAGUUCCUGCUCUCGCAGCUGUGGCGCAGGGGUGACCUCGCGCCGCAGAAACUGCGUGUGUGACGAGGGGGGGGACACCACCUGCCCCCCUGAAACAGAGCUAGAAAGGGAGAGAGAAGAGACACAGCUCUGCUACAAACAACCCUGUCCAGAUUGCCCCAUGUCUGCGUGGAGCGAGUGGACAGAGUGCUCCUGUGUAUCUCAGAUACAGCAGCGCUACCGUGCACCGCUCUCUCCUACCAUUAGGGGGCAGCAGUGCCAAGGCCUGGAGACACAGAGCAAGACAUGUCAGCCUGGAGACUGUGAGGAGUGUGAAGAGCCAUUCCAGUAUUUAGAGUGUGGCGCCCCCUGUGAGAAGCUGUGUGCACUGCAGGGGCAGACGGAGACCUGUGCAGGACCCUCGCAGUGCACACCUGGGUGUUACUGUCCACAGGGCCUACUUCAGCAGAAUGGAACAUGCGUUCCCCCAGAACAGUGUGGCUGUGUACACUUGCUCAACUUGGACACUGAAAGGCCCAUCUCUGUCACUGUCCAGCAGGGGGCGCAAGUGAAAGUGGGCUGCAGCACUUGUCUCUGUCAGGAUGGAACGCUGCAGUGUGACACUCAGCAGUGUGAAGUGGUCCUCAGUGAGUGGUCAGAGUGGACACCUUGCUCCCCCUGUGUUCCUGCGUCCACCCUAAACCCCGGCACCGCUCCUCCGGAGACUGCCCAGCUCCUGUCGGUACAGCGCCGCUACCGGGCCUGUCUGGACCUGGACUCCGGGCUGCCGGUCAGCGACGAGGCGGGGCAGUGCGCCGGGGAACUGGAAGAAGAAAGGCUGUGCCCAGACCCGACCAUCUGCCAAGAUCUCUGUCAGUGGAGCGCGUGGGGCCCUUGGAGUGCGUGCCACGACCCCUGCAGCGGUGGCUUCCGGCAGCGGUACAGGCAGCCCCAGGCCUACCCUGUAGGACCCCGGUGUAGGAGGCUGCAGUCCCAGACACAGAGCUGCAACACUGCACUUUGCCCAGGAGAGAGGUGUGAGGACAGGGGGCGUGCCUACCGGGUGGCCUGUGCCAAUCAGUGUCCCCGGAGCUGCACUGACCUCUGGGAGCACGUUCAGUGUCUACAGGGACCCUGCCACCAAGGCUGUCGAUGCCCAGACGGCUGGCUCCUGCAGGAUGGAGGGUGCGUCCACGUGUCGGCGUGUCGCUGCGGCAUCCCGGUAGAGAACGGCACCUUGGAGAUCUUACCCGGGAAUAACGUCACCAUGGACUGUAACACCUGCUCCUGUGAGAAUGGCUCUUUGGUAUGCACAGACCUGCACUGUCCGGUGUAUGGGUCCUGGGGACCGUGGAGCAGCUGCUCCUCCUCCUGCGGGCGGGGUCAGAGGACCCGGAGCAGACCAUGUCAGGUGUCGGAGGGGGGUCCGCCUUGCACUGAGACAGUCCAGGAUGAGCCGUGCGUGUUACCUUCCUGUCCAGCUGGCUGUGUUCUGAGUGAGUGGUCGUCAUGGAGUGAGUGCAGCGCCUCCUGUGGUGGAGGACUGUCAGUACGCAACAAGACCAUCUUACAGCAUCCACAGCCAGGGGGAGAGGACUGCCCCCCUCCCUUGGAGCAGCACACUGCCUGUAAUACACACAGCUGCAUGCCAGUGUGCCCUGAUGGACAGGUGUUCAGUACCUGCGCCAGCUCCUGCCCCUACACCUGCGAGGACCUGUGGCCAGAAGCCCAGUGUGUGCCGGGACCCUGCCGACCGGGCUGCACCUGCGCACCGGGGAGGGUGCUGUUGGAGGGAUCUUGUGUCCCCCAUGCUUCGUGCCCCUGCUCCUCCCUCUCACUUUACGGGACCCAAAACCAGACCCUCGGUGAACACAGAGAGAAGAUCCCCCCUGGGACUGUCCUGCAGAGUCUCUGUAACACCUGCAUUUGUGAGGGAGGGGUGUUUAACUGCACAGAAGAUUCCUGUGACGUGGACUGUGAGUGGGGGAGCUGGUCAGAGUGGAGCCCCUGCGCUGUGAGCUGUGGUUCCGGGGAGCAGAGGUCAGACCGGGCGGUUCUGCGGGCCCGGCGGUACGGCGGGGCACAGUGUGAGGGCCCCGCGCAGCGCUCCAGACCCUGCCGAGCACCGGACUGCGCAUGCCCUGAGGGAGAGCGCUGGCGGAGGAGUGUGCCAGGACUGGCGCCUGCGUGCGAGAGGAGCUGUGCAGAGAUGUAUCUGGCCGUGCCGCUCAACUGCACUGGACAGGGUGUGGAGGAGGGCUGCGUGUGCCAGGAGGGGCACUACCGAAACGCGGAGGGGCGAUGCGUGAUAGCCGCGCUGUGCGAGUGCGAGGAGGCGGGGGUGAGGAGAGAGGCGGGGUCUGAGUGGGUGGAGGGGUGCCAGGCCUGCCGCUGCGUGAAUGGGCUGAAGCAGUGCCAGUCUGGGUGCCCCUCUUUGCAGUGUGAAGAGGGAGAAGUGAAAGUGGAAAAGACAGGAAGCUGCUGUCCGGUCUGCAAGAAGGAGUUCCCAGGGGAGCCUGUGCCUGAGUGUCGUCGCUACACCGAGGUCAGGAACAUCACUAAGGGAGACUGUCGUCUUGACAACGUGGAAGUCAGCUACUGCAGAGGGCGCUGUUUGUCUCGGACCGAUGUCAUCCUGGAGGAGCCCUACCUGCAGGCCGUGUGCGACUGCUGCAGCUACAGGCUGGACCCGGAGAACCCCGUACGCUUCCUCAGCCUGCGCUGCGACAGCGGCCAGACCGAGCCGGUGGUCCUGCCCGUCAUACACAGCUGCGAGUGCACCAGCUGCCAGGGCGGAGACUUGUCCAGGCGCUGACCAAGCUUCGAGGGACAGAUGGACAGCCCUGAACAGACAGAAUCUCUCUGCGUCCUUGAAUGAAAAUGCGCUGUAGCCCGUAGUCAUUAUAUGACUGGAAAUCCCUUUUAUAGAGUGCCUUAUGAGACUCCUAAAGAUCCUUAUGCUGUACAGGUUUUAAUGCUUUUAUUAUGCUGUCAAUAAACAGGAGGCA